AUGGAUACCAACAUGGAAGACGUUGGGAGAGCCCCCACCGACCUCUCCCCGGUACAGGCAGAGCCUGCGCCCAUCCCUACUGUCGAUGGCUGGAUCGAGAGCCUAAUGAACUGCAAGCAACUUGCUGAGGUCGACGUCCAGAGACUCUGCGAAAAGGCAAGAGAAGUUCUACAGGAGGAAUCCAAUGUACAGCCUGUAAAAUGCCCCGUCACUGUUUGUGGUGAUAUUCAUGGGCAAUUCCAUGAUCUCAUGGAGCUGUUCAAGAUCGGCGGCCCCAAUCCCGACACAAACUACCUUUUUAUGGGUGACUACGUUGACCGAGGUUACUACUCCGUCGAGACAGUUACUCUUCUCGUCGCGCUCAAGAUCCGAUACCCCCAGCGCAUUACCAUUCUUCGAGGAAACCACGAAUCCCGCCAGAUCACACAAGUGUAUGGAUUUUACGAUGAGUGCCUGCGCAAAUACGGCAAUGCCAACGUCUGGAAGUAUUUCACCGAUCUUUUCGAUUACCUUCCCCUGACCGCUUUGAUCGAAAACCAGAUCUUCUGCCUCCACGGCGGUCUGUCUCCCAGCAUUGAUACUCUUGAUAACAUCAGGUCAUUGGACCGUAUUCAAGAAGUGCCCCAUGAGGGUCCCAUGUGCGACCUCCUAUGGUCCGAUCCCGAUGACCGCUGUGGCUGGGGGAUAUCACCCCGUGGCGCCGGUUAUACUUUCGGCCAGGAUAUCUCAGAGGCUUUCAAUCACAACAACGGGCUGACUCUGAUUGCCCGUGCCCACCAGCUCGUCAUGGAGGGUUACAACUGGUCUCAAGACCGUAACGUGGUGACAAUCUUCUCUGCGCCAAACUACUGCUAUCGAUGCGGCAACCAAGCAGCCAUUAUGGAAAUUGACGAGCAUCUCAAAUACACAUUCUUGCAAUUUGACCCCUGUCCCAGAGCUGGCGAGCCCAUGGUUUCAAGGCGGACACCUGAUUACUUCCUGUAA